AUGAUCGUUUUGCUGUUAGUGUUCACUAUCCUCUCAAGUAGUUGGGCGAUUUCAUCAACUUGUUUUUAUCUGCCGAACAUUAAUCUGAAAGGUGGUACAUACGAUGAAUUUGACGCUAGUGACAUAACGCAAUGUUGCAUACAAUGUGCAAGUCAACCAUGUUGUGCUGGUUACACAUAUUCAAAGGCUUUAAAAAGAUGUUACAUGAAAUCCUCCAUAAACUACUCGGAACAAGAGGAUAUGAUGAUUAGCGGUAUCCGAGCGAACGCAAACGGAGGUGUUGGUGCGAAAAUGAAAAAUGUGAAAAUUGAGGGAAGCGGAGGGAGUCGAAUCACUUUGGAAAAUUCGGAUGAAUGUCAACAGUAUUGCACGGCAUUCGGCGUUUAUUCCUGGUCACCACCUCGAUACGAUGAUGGACGCACAUCCGGAGAAUGUUCAUGCAUGAAACGAAUCACGGCCGUCAAAUAUCAUUUUGGUAGUCAAUCCGCUAUUUUUCCAACUGUUGCUAAUCUACGAAUAUAA